AUGAAACAACAACUUAAUGUUGCUUUAUUAGUAGCAGAUACAUCCAUACCUAAAGUAUUGGAAAAUUAUAGAGAUUAUUAUGUACAAUUUACAAAAUUUUUGAAUGAUUCAAUAAACUUUGAAAAUAAAAAUGAACACUAUUUAAUAAAUUUAAAGAAAUUUGAUGUUGUGAAUGAAAUGAACUAUCCAAGUGAUAAAGAAUUAAAAGAAGAUAUUGAUGUUAUAAUAAUUACAGGCUCUUCCUUUUCUGUUUACAAAGAUGUUCCUUGGAUUCAUAAACUUGACAAUUUCAUUUCUUUAAUUUAUAAUAGUUAUUGUAAAGUUAAAUUAGUUAGAAUUUGUUUUGGUCAUCAGAUUAUUGCUAAAGCUUUAGGCGGAAAAACUCUAAAAAAUCAAUUGGGAUGGGAGGUUACUGUCACUAAUAAAACUAAUAAAAAAGUUUUGAUGUAUCAAAUACAAGGAAUGUUUAAAGAAGAACAUGUCUUGACUGUUCAAGCUCAUCCUGAAUUUGUUAGUGGAAAAGGUGAAGGAAAUAAUUAA